AGGGGCGGGGCUGGGGCGCGGCGCCGCCCCGCUGUCGGCUGCGGUGGCCGCCUCGGCUGCGGCCGGCGGGAGGGAGGCGGUGGAAGAUGGCGGCGGCCGCGGCGGCGGCGCUGCGGGCCUGGUUCUGGAAUGAGCGGUUCUGGCUGCCGCACAACGUGACGUGGGCGGACCUUGCCGGGGAGCCGGGCCCGCCGGGUAGCGGGCUGCAGUACCCGCGGGCGGGACACGUACUCUCCGCCUUCCCGCUGGCGCUCGGUAUCUUCACCGUGCGGUUGCUUUUCGAGAGGUUUAUUGCCAGGCCGUGUGCCAUAAACCUUGGCAUUCAAGACAGUGGACCUCACAGAGCCCAGCCCAAUGCAAUUUUAGAGAAAGUGUUUACAUCUAUCACUAAGUCUCCAGAUGGAAAAAGGUUAGAAGGCUUGUCAAAGCAGCUAGACUGGGAUGUUCGAAAGAUCCAGCGCUGGUUUCGUCAUCGGAGGAACCAGGACAAACCCACCACCCUCACUAAAUUUUGUGAGAGCAUGUGGAGAUUUACAUUUUAUUUAAGUAUAUUUUUUUAUGGAAUCAGGUUUCUCUGGACGGCGCCCUGGUUUUGGGACACACGACAGUGCUGGUACAACUACCCUUUUCAGCCUCUAACAUCCAGGCUUUAUUAUUACUAUAUCUUGGAGCUGGCCUUCUAUUGGUCUCUCAUGUUUUCUCAGUUUACAGACAUUAAACGGAAGGACUUCUUGAUCAUGUUCGUCCAUCAUUUGGCUACAAUUGGACUCAUUACAUUCUCUUACAUGAAUAAUAUGGUGCGGGUUGGAACUCUGGUGCUGUGCCUUCAUGAUGCAUCAGAUUUCCUUUUAGAGGCUGCAAAGCUAGCCAAUUAUGCCAAGUACCAACGUCUCUGUGAUGCUUUCUUCAUGCUCUUUGGUGUCGUGUUCAUUGUUACACGGUUGGGCAUUUAUCCUUUCUGGAUUUUGAAUACAACCCUGUUUGAAAGCUGGGAGUUGAUUGGUCCCUAUCCUUCAUGGUGGCUAUUCAACGGGCUUUUGAUAACCUUGCAGUUCUUGCAUAUCAUCUGGUCUUAUCUCAUCAUUCGCACUGCCUACAAGGCCCUCGUGCGGGGAAAGGUAUCAAAAGAUGACCGCAGUGAUGUAGAGAGCAGCUCUGAAGAGGAGGAUGUGACUUCCAACAGCACAAAAGGAGUUCUCAGCACUUCAAGUAACGGCUCCAACCGCAUCAAUGGCCACGUGGCUAGUGGCCAGUGGGUGGAAGAGGAGUAAGGCUGUGGGUUGGCCUUGAGCAAACACGAACUUAUCUUUAAAUACCUAGAUGUGUUGUGCUCCACAUUCCCAAGUGAUCUUUAAUCAAGAUACCCCUUCCCUAGAAACCUCCAGCAAAUCUGAAAUGGGCACAAUCCAGACCAGUCAGAGGCUUUGCACAACAGAAGAGAUAAAGCCAAUGACUAGGGCAAAAACAAAGCUGCAGAUUUCACUUUAAGCCAUUUUGUACUUAAAUCUUAGUCCCGUCGAUAUUUGUAAAGGUGUCUUGUUUGUGACAAACUGGUUUUUACGAGGAUCAACUCAAAACAACAAGUUUGGACUAGGCUGGCUGCCGACCGCAGGAGGGUUACGGUGCCAUUUCAGCGAUGGUUUGCUCCAGUGCAGGAUCAGCAUCUCUCCUUGAUGCACUCCAGAAGCCACUUAAGAGCACGGAGAACGCAGGGUCCCAUGGUUCCCUGUCCAAGCUACCCUGGCUGUAGCAGAGACUCUUUUUCUCAGUCCUGCUGUGAGCGCUCUGGACUACAGCCAAGCUUUGAAUUGGACUGCGCUACAACAGAAACGUUGUUCUAACUCGCCAUCGGGGUGCUGUGGGCUAAGGAGGUUCUAGCUUACAUCUCUGCUGUCACGAGGGACCAGGCCAGCGUUUUCUGCCUACUUUGGUGCUGCAAACCCCUCUGAAGUCUUGACUACAGCCUUCUGAAACGGGGGAGGGGGGUUGUUUAUUGCCCCUGAGAUAACUGUCACAAUACUUGUCUUUUAAAUUUUUUUUUCCUGUUGCAAGUUGUGGUUUUGAAGAUGUUUCUAGGCCUGCUGGAAACAGCUAUCCAAGCUUGGACUUGAGAGCUGUCCAGUACUGGUGGGCUGUUUUAACUUUCCACAGAAUAAGGUGUUUCAGUCCUGUUUGUCUGUACUCUAAGCCAGACGGGAAUGUUGUGGCUUGGAUUUUGUAACUGGGUGAAAGAAUCACUGGGCUGGAAAGGCAGCCGCACCAGAGGCUCUGCUUCUUCUUUUUUUUUUUUUUUUUUUUUUUUUUUGUUACUAAAUGGUACUUGGGGGCAAGGGAAGACCCGUGUGUCAAUCAUGAGCAGAAUUUUGGAAACUUCCUGAGUUGUUACUGUUUUAUACUAUUGUUUACUCUUAUCUAUGAUUAAAACAUGCUUCAGAAA